AAAAAAAAAAAAAAAUAUAUUACAAUUUUUAAUUUGCUUUAUAGUGCGUGUAGGUGUUUUCAUGAAAUUAUAGAAAGUUUUCUUUAAUAUGUAUCUUUGAUUUAAUUGCGUGUUGGAUAGAUGUAAAAAAAAAAAAUGAAAACAAAAACAAAAAACUAUUUCUCGCUUAAUACUUUUAUUGUUUAACUUAAUUCAAGAGUUUUUGAAUCUAGUUUAUCUCUGUAUAGGUAAGCGGGCGUGUGUACUUGCUCUUCUAUGUGUGUGUAUGCGUGUGUGUGUGUGUGUACGUGUGUGUGUGUGUGUAUGUGUAUGUGUGUGUGUGUUUCAAUCUAUGUGUGGGUUUACUGUUUACUAAUUUCAAGAUAAACUUAAUUUGUGCCGCUUUUGUUUGUCAUUCAUUCACAUAAUUGCUAGUUUUUUCUGUUUCAGUUUCCAAGUGUCAGAUUUUUUUUUUUUUUUUCAUGUACACUGCAUAUAUAUGCAAUUAAUUUUUAUUUUUAGUUUUCAACUAAAACUAAUUUGGUUUUGCUAGGUUGUUGUGCGUUCUCAUGUUUGCGAAACACGAAAUAACUAAACCAAACAACGAAUUUACAACUUUCAAGGUCAGCUGUACAGAGAGAUUUGGUUAUUUUUUCUUUACAUUGAUUUUUUAAUAAAUUCAUUCACCUGAAGUUUUUUUUUUUUUCAUCUUUUGAAAAUAAAAGCUUUAGAUUUAAAUGCUCUCCCACCCACUAGUAGCUAUUAGUUAUCUAACUGUUUCAAUGACUUAAGUUUGUACCCUCCACUGCAAGAUAACGUAUACUUACUUAAUACAUGUCUUACAAAAUUUAUUAUUACCUUCUACUCUUCAACAUUCAUUCUGAAUUAGUUGAAGCAAGAGCGCUAAUCUAUACGUUCGUUGUUGCACCUCUGAUCCUUGCAAAAGCCGAAAAGCAACAAGAAGGCUUAUAAAAUAUUAUCGGUGAUAAGUUGUAUCUUAUAGGUAUUAGUGAUCUAACUGUUUUAGAAAUUUAAGUAUUUACCCUUCACUGCAAGAUAACGUACACUAGUUUAAAACAUCUCGUACAACAUAUAAAAAUACUGUCUAGACUUCAAAAGACAUUCUGAAUUGAUUGAAGCAAGGGCGUACAUCUGUUCGUGUGAUGUUGGGCCCCUGAUCUCCGUAAACGAAAAAAACUUAAUCCAUGUUGACGUUGAUAGCUUGUAUCUUACCUAAAAUUCCUCAAGCAUCAACACCUAAGAGUAUGGUAAAAUUCAAAGCCAUGUCAAUCUGUCUGUCCAUCUUUCCGACCGUCUUCACAAAACAUUUUUGUAAUUAAUAUGAUUACAUUCUCUUAGAAAAUAGACUCUUGUUCCACCCACAAGCACCGUUGUAUUAAAUUGCUAAACAAAUCAAAGAAUAAAAGUUUGAAAGUAUUCUUAUCAACGAACCACAAAGAAACAAAUGGCAAAAAAAGGCUUAAGAGUUCAAUUAAAAGGUCAUUCUCAUCGCUCUAUUAGCAUGUUCACAGUCAAUAAAAAGCUUUGGGAUGCAAAACAUAUAACGCACAAAUAGGAGGGUAAGGAUACGAUCUGAGGUUAGUGUAGAUUGUGUGACUUGUUUAUGGGUGGAGCAAGACGUGCCGGAGGUGAGAUAUAAAAUAGCUCCAGUCAUUGACGAAAGUAGAAUUGAACUCUAACUCAAUACGUCAACUUUGACAUUUUGAAGGCUUAAUAUUUUCUAGACUACUUGAUAUAAUAAAAGUGGUUGAUUGCUAGCUAACCAGAAAGCAUGAAAGAAGAUGAGCUUACUUUUGUAUCUUUCUUUCGAUGCUUCUGUUUGUUAUUCUAUCCUAUAGUUUUUCUAUUUCUUUGUAUAUUCAACUUAAUUAUUUUUAUUAACAACUCUUUCAAUGCCAAGACACCGCAAUUCUUUUGUAUUUGUUUUUCAUCUUUACAUCUAACCGUUAUUUGGUAGUCAUGUCACACCUCUGCCUUCUUGAAUUCUUUUCCAUAAUUUCACUUCUCUAGAUCGUAUAAUUAUAGUUAUUUGUCGUUUCUUUUCAUCACAUUUGUAAUAAUUUCGUAAAGAAGGCCCAAGAAGGUAAAGAAUCGUCUUCUACUUUGCACGCAAAAAAAAAAAAAAAAUACUUGGAAAAAUCGUAAACAUUCAUUAAUCAAUCUAAAGUUUAGCUUUGUUCUCUCUUCAUUUAAUAUUUCUUUUUGAUUUUUCUUUUUCGUUAAGCUAUUCUUAUUACUUUACUUUGUUCAUUAUUGCUUUUUAAUUGUUACGCAGAAUAUUGUUCGCGUCAGAGAAAGACAAAGAAGAUUGAGUCAAAUAUUUUUGUUUUAUUAAUUUCCCUUCCAUUCGCCGCCUUACGUCAUCCAAAUAAUAAUUUAAAAAUACUUAUAUCUCAAUAGAGAUCUUCAAUUAUUGACAUUGCUGGCAUUGGACAUUAGCUGUAGGGUUAGCCUCAUCCAUUUUUCAAUUAGCACGAGCAAUAUGUUUAACAUAUGUUUAGCAUUAGCAUUAGUGCUAGCACUGGCAUCAACAAUGCUGUUUACGUUAACAAUAACAUUAGCAUUAGUGUGAAAACUAUUCUCAUCCAUUUUACACUUUUCCAGUUAGCAUUAGAUUUAGCAGUACGUGUAGCUUUAGUCGAAUUAUUAGUGUUGUCUUUAGCGUUAACAUUACUGUGUUGCCGUUUUCAUGCUCAUUAACAUAAGCGUAAGUUUUAUCAUUACCACGGGCAGUAAUAAAAGUCUAGUACUGUUUUUGUAGUUAACAUAAAUAUUAACAUUAGGCCUAGCAUUAACGCAAGCGCUAUUGCUAUCAUUAGCAUUUGGAUUAUCAUUAUCGAUUCAUCAUCCAUUUUUAAGUUAGCAUAAUGCAUUAGCGCUAGAAUUAUCAUUAUCCUCACUGUUACCCUUAAUAGUAAGUAGUAUCAAUAUUGCCGUUAGCGGUACGACUGACCGCAUUUAUUUUACAUUUAGAAGUAGUAUAAGCAUAAGUGCUAUCCCUAACAUCAGCGUGACUAUUGCCAUUCACACCGUUAUACCGUUAACUUUAGCAUUGGCUUAUGCAUUUUUAUUAAUAUUAGCAUUUGUACAAAUAUAAGAAUAAGUGCUUGUCACAAGCCCUUUGGCGUUAACAUCGCUUCAUUGUUAACGUCACUAGCAUUAACUUCCGCUUUCGGUUACCAUUAGCAUCACACGUCAUUGUGUUACCGUCAGCAUUGGAAUUAGCAGUUACAUUAACAUGAGGAUUAUUAAUAAACUUAGCAUUAUCAUUACAAUUAACCGAAGCAUUAUCACAAGCGUUAGUUAGCAUUAGUAUAAGUAAAAAAAAUUGCUUUGCCAUUAGUACAAACUUUAUGGUUAUCAUCAACAUUAGCAUUAGGUUGAGCAUUACUGUUAUUAUUACGAUUAAUGUUAUCAUUCUGCUUAACGAGAGAGAACCUUAGCAUUAUCAUUACAUUUAACGUAAGUACUACUAAUACAAUUACCGUUAGCAUUAUUAUAUGGAUUUCAUUAUUCCCGAACGAAACGAAAUGCUAAUCUUAUCUAAAGAUGGGCAUAGUAGAAUAUUUACUAAAAAUUAUCAGCAUUGAUAUGCACUUAUCGAUGACUGUUGCUAUACACGUCUCUCUGAACGUGAUUAAAUAAUUUUAAAACACUUAUCUUAAUUGAAAGUGACAAAACCACAACAAUUUUUAAAUAUUCAUUAGUCAAGUGAAAACCUCAAAAUGAAAAAUUCAUUAAAAUGGAAAACAGCAAAAAAAAAAAAAAACAAACAAACAAAAAAUGUGCACACUUUAAAUAAAGCGGAAUUACAAUUGGCUGAGGAUAUGAGUGAACUAAUAAAAAGAAGAAAAAAAAAUAAAUAAAAACCAACAACAAUACAUGUGAUAGAAGUUUAGAACGAAUUUAUGGGACUGGCGAUCUCAAGUAAUGGAAGAGUUUUACUGAAGAUAAAUAGAAUGUUUUCCUUGAGGAAAUUAAACUUUAAAGUGUUAAAUAAAAAGCGGUAAACCAUAAAAGCAAAUUCGUAGUGUAUGUAAGUGUUUACGUUUAGCUAUACGAGCGCACUUAAGCGUUGUGUACUUGCCAUGGUUGGCACCAUGGAUAUCAAAGAUAUAAAAGGCGCUAAAAUUACACAUACCGGUCUACUGAAGCACAAUGUCGAUGGCACAACCGAAACACAAAAGAUCACACAUGCCGGCCUAGUGGCACGUAGUCCAGAGGGCACUGCUGCCAAAGGUAUGAAUAUACGCGGCAACGAAGAUUUAUGGGUUGAAAUACAAGCCAACACAUUUCGCAAUUGGGUUAAUGAGCAUCUACGUGGCACCGGUAUGCAGGUUCACGAUUGGUCUAUCGAUUUCUGCGAUGGUACAUGUCUAUGCGCAUUGGUUGAAAGUCUUCAAACCAGACCGCUGAAACCUUCUUGGAAUCGUCGACCAGCCAAUCAACAUCAUUACUUGGAAAAUGCCACUACCGCCCUAAAUGCUAUUGAGGCUGAUCACAUUAAGCUCGUGAAUAUCGGCAACGUGGAUAUUGUCAACGGCAAUGUGAAAUUGAUAUUAGGUCUAAUUUGGUCGUUGAUUGUACGCUAUCAAAUCGGCCGUAGCAAAUUUCCACCACGUAAGCUGAUGCUAGCUUGGUUGCAAGCUGCUUUACCUGAAUGCAAAAUCACUAAUUUGACCACGGAUUGGAAUAGUGGUGUAUACUUGGGCGCCCUUUUGGAUUAUUGUAAACCUGGCCUUUAUCCCCAUUGGCGUUCCAUGGAUCCUAGUCAGAGUGUACGUAAUUGCACCAAUGCUAUGAAUUUGGCACAAAGCGAGUUCGGUGUACCAAAAGUACUUGAACCAGAGUAUUUGGCCUCCCCGUGGUUAGAUGAGCUAUCGGGUAUGACAUAUUUAUCAUAUUUUAUGAAACCUGGUGGCCCCGGCUACAAUGCCACCAUGAGAUGGGUUAACACACAAACAAGGGAAACAGUGAAAAAUUUUACGACGGAUUGGAAUGACGGACGCAUUUUAUGCGAAAUUAUUAAAGGUUUAGGAGGUCCAGCCCCAGCUCCUGAAAAACUUAGCACUGAUCCCUUCCAUUACGAGAACAAUGUACGUAAAGCCUUGGAUGCUGGUCUAAAAUUGGGAGUACAACCAGUGCUAUCAGCUAAGGAUAUGGCCAAUCCGGAAGUAGAGCACUUGGGCAUAAUGGCUUACGCGGCUCAUCUGCAAUGGGUUCCCCCUAGACCACCACUUUCGGACAUGAUAAACGUGUUAUUGGAAAGUACUUCAGGGAGGGUAGGGGAACAGACCCAUUUUCGCGUGGACAUACUUACCCGGGAAAUAAGCCUUAGCAGUGUUAAGGCUUUUAUAAUACCUCCUUCUGGUCACGCUCAACCGAUACGCCUGAAUGCUCACGGCGAGGGAGUGUACGUGCCCGAUAAGUAUGGCAUGCAUGAAAUCGUGGUAGAAAUCGGUGAUGACAGCUUGGGUGGACACUUCUUUCGUGUUUUACCACGUUUCGUUCAAGUUGCUCCCCCUGGUAUGGCUCCCUGCGCUUUGGGUAGUUUAGUUGAGGUUUUAGUCAAUGCCACUGGAGCUCCCAAAACAGAGGAUAUCCUGGUGACAGCCGUCUCACCUACAGGAAUUUCACACAAUUGUCCUCUCAAAAAAGUAGAAGAAGGUCAUAGUGCUAUUUUCAAACCGGAUGAAGCUGGUAUUUGGGAAAUAGCUAUCACUUAUCAGGGACGCCAUAUACAAGGUGGACCGUUCACCUGCUCCGUUUUUGACGCCUCUGGUGUAUCUGUGCACGGUUUAGAUGGGGCAAUGCCCUUACGUGCUCACUCUUUUGAAGUGGACGCACGCGGUGUUGGUGUAACCGGUGAACUACAUGUUGACAUUGUGCAUGAUAAACGUUCCCUGGUAUGCUCGGUGGAAAGAAUUGUUGACAAUAAAUUUCGAGUCACUUUUAUGCCUCGUCAAAAUGGCAAAUAUCGCGUUUACGUUUAUUUCAAUGGCUACGAUGUUAAAGGCUCGCCGUUUAUAAUGCGCGUGGGCACCAAGGGUAGAUCUGGCAAAACGCGUAGCAGUCCUCUGUAUGAAAAUAAACAUCGCUCGGACAGCCCUUCUAUGCAUUAUACAACAACAACAAGCUCACGUCACAAUGAUUACCGCAAUAUCGCCACAUCGUCACUCUCCCGCAGGGAUUUACUCAAUCAACAUAAUGCCAAUAACAGCACCGGUGCUGGGGUUACUGCAACAAGCAUUGGCACCACAGAACGUCAACGCUCAUACUCACCACAGUACUCACCCAAACAGGAUGCCACAGAUUAUCGCACUAGCUCCAGUUAUUACAAGAGGGAAAGCGAGGCAUUAUCAACACCGCCGCCGCCACCAACACAGCUACCGUUGCGUGAAUAUUAUAAUGACUCACCAUUACCACCACCACCACCACCGCCUGCAUCGUCAUCAUCGACUGUUAAAUAUUUGAACUCGAACGAUUUGUAUAUGCUUACCUCAACAAGACGUGAUUCGAAAAACUCCUCCAACGCAUCGUCAAUGAAUCGCGAUUACUAUUACGAUAAAGAGAAUGAACUGUACGGUGGCAAUAAGAGAUGUGAACGUGAUUUUAAAUUGGCGCCGCUAUCAAGAGAAGUAGAACAACAAAAACACUCACAGCAACAGCAACAGCAACAGCUACAGCGGCGGAGGCCUCCAUACGAGAAUGAAACACGAAACACAAUAAGAAGUUCAGCCAACACUACAACAACAUACACAACAGCUAGGCUGAACACCAUAGCAUCGAGUCCUACACACAAUAUAAGGUCCAGCGAAAUAAGAACCCAUAGCCCGUUGACAAUAAAAACGUCAAUACCGUACGAGAGCCCCGUGCGUAAUUUAAGUGCUAGUCCACGUCACAUGUCUGCCUCACCAGUGCAACGUUACUCGCCUAAUAGUGCUUAUAUAACUACAGCUACACAUCGCAUGAACAGUCCCAGCACUCUACAUAACAAGAAUGGUUACGAAUCACGUACAGUAGAGAAAUCUUCAACAUAUAAGUCGACCUCGAAUUAUGUUUCCGACUCAAAUAUAAGAGCGAGCCCUUCGUUAUAUACUACCGCUGAACGUUUGAGACGUACCGCUUCACCUGAACCGCGCGUUGAUCAUUCGUCCAAUGUUAGAGUAUCGUCUACGAAACCGGCUUCAGCCAGACGUGACAGUUGGGAUGUGAUCAAUAAAACGAAACAUUUAUUCUCACACAAUUCUUUGGAAUCGUUAGCCAAUAUGACCGAGAAUCAAUUAAAUACAGAUUUGAGUUAUAAUCGUCCCGAAGUCGAUCACGAAACGCAACGUAACACCCAAUAUAAUAAAUUUUCCUUAAACGAACAAAAAUUUCAAAGACCACGUCAGGAGUCUAAAGACACCUUAGAUGAUGUCGACCACUACAAACCCAGUGCCAUCACUGUUAAAUCACAUUCGAAUAAUACUUACACCGAUAAAUCUGGCGGCUAUACUCGUACUGUUAAAGAAUCAAGUCAACAAGUUCUUACCGAAAGCACUUCGUCUACUGGUGUCAAUGGUAAUUACGGUUAUAGCUCUCUGUCUCGCUUUCGUCCCAUUGACAAUAUAACGGGUAUUACUGGCGCUCGUGCUAUACGAGUUCAAGAUAUACCAAAUGGAGCGAUCGGUCGUCCGGUCGAAUUUGAAAUAGAUGGCUCCAAAGCUGGUUCUGGCAAUUUGGAAAUCUUGGUGAACGGUGGACGAGUUACUUCAUCAGUACGUUCACUAGGUGGCCAACGAUUCAUAGCUAGCUUUACUCCACAUGAACCGGGUAUUCAUACAGUUCAGAUUACAUUUAAUGGCGAAACAAUACCAGGUUCGCCCUGGCACGUUGAAAUCAUGUCCACGCCCGGUUUAACUGCGUUGGGCGAGUCUACGCGCCUAGUACCAGCUAAUACGCCGGCGGUUUUUGACAUACUGCCGCCUCCUGGACAAAGCCUUGCAAAAGGCGAGUGCGUGGCCACAGUUUUGGGUCCCAAUAAAUCCAAACUGAAUGCCAGAGUCACCCACGAGGCGGCAAACGGUGCCGCACGCAUCGAAUUCGUACCCACCGAAGUGGGUACGCAUAUAAUAGAAGCUUCAAUUAAUGGCGCCAAAAUAUCUGGAGGUCCUCUAAUAGCCAAAGUCUACGAUUCCAGCCUGAUUCAGGUAACCGAUGUUAAUGGCGGUGUAGUUGGCCAACCCUGUCAGUUUCGGGUAGAUGCCAGUGCUGCUGGCGAGGGCCAGUUGGAGAUAUCAAUAAACGAAGGUGAAGUACCGAAUCACGUGCAAGUGGUCGGCGGAGGACGCUGCUUGGUUUCCUUUACACCCGAACAGGCAAAACCUCACUUAAUUGACAUAAAAUUUAAUGGUGAGACAGUGCGCGGUUGUCCAUUUGUUUGUCAAGUGGCUGAUACUUCCCGUGUUAUGUUAAACUUAUCCAAUUUGGAGUUGAUAGCGGUAAAUAGACCGGCAUCUUUUCACAUUACGGUAAGCGGUGAUGGUGCUGCCGAGUUAGCGGUUAGUGUUAGAGGACCUCACGGCGAAUUACCGGUACGCGUUACCGGUGAUAUACACGCCGGCUUUACAGCUGAAUUUACGCCCAUCACUGUAGGCGGCCAUUCAAUCAAUGUCGAAUAUAAUGGCUUCCCGGUACAAGGUACGCCAUUUUUGGCUAAAUCUUAUGAUGCCACUAAAGUGGUGGUCGGUAGCGUAUCACGCGGCACCGUCGGACGUUCAGUGCAAUUCACCGUUGAUGCUGGCGAUGCUGGUGAAGGUAAUUUGGAGAUCACUAUUUCAGCUAAGGGUCAAAAUAUUCCGACCCAAGUGCAUCCGCAAGGCAGUGCCAAAUUCUCCGUUUCAUUUGUGCCUACCGAGGCCUGUGAGCACACCAUAAAUGUAUCGUUUAAUAAAAUGCCGGUACCCGGUUGUCCGAUAACGGUUAAUAUAAGUGGUGGCAUGUCCGGGCCUCAAGUAUCUUUAGGAGGUCCCGGGCCUGUUCACCAAUCGAAUUCAUUUGUUAUCAAUCACAACGGCGGCCGCUUAGAAGACAUUGAAGUUAAUGUUGAAGGACCCGCUGGACAAUCUGUGCCAGCACAGGUUCAUCAGUCGGCAGAGGGUGUCUUCAAAGCUGAGUUUGUGCCGCGUGUGGUAGGCGAACAUCGCGUACAUGUUACUGUUUGCGGUUUAGCCACUGCUGGUAGCCCCUAUGCAGCUAAGGUGUACGAUGUUAACGCCAUUAAAGUGAAAAACGUCAAUAACGGCACUGUUGGUAAACCAGUUACAUUUCUCGUCGAAACUUCACAAGCCGGUCCGGGCAAUCUGGAGGUUACUGUAAAUGGGGGUCGUGUACCCACCUCUGCCCAGGCUCAAGGUCAACACACAUAUGCAAUUAGUUUUACGCCACGUGAAGCUCACAAUCAUACAGUAGAGUUAAGAUUCAAUGGUCAAGAUGUGCCGGGUUCUCCUUUUACGUGUCGUGUCUCGGCUGCUGCUCGGAUACAAUCACCGGAGACCAUGGAUAAAGUCAGUGUAGGUCGCAUGUUUGAAUUUAUUGUAGAAUCAGACACCAAACCAACCGUAGAAGUAUUGGGACCCGCACGGCGCAGUGUUCCAGUUAAAAUUGAUGCUGUCGCCGUAGGUUACAAUAUAAAAUUUGAACCAGUUGAGGUGGGCGACCAUUCAGUAGAGGUGCGUUUGCCUGGCGGUGGUCAUGUCGAAAAUAGUCCUUUCCUUUUGAAAGCGUACUCAGCCGAAAAAGUUAUUGUCACUGAUAUCAGGCCUGGUGUUGUGGGCAAGAGCGUUAGCUUUGGCAUAAAUGCUAGCCAGGCGGGCGCUGGUAAUCUAGAAAUUAUAGUCGCUGUCAAUGGUAAAAAUGUACCCAAUUUUGUGCAGUCAGAAGGCAAUGCUCGUUUCAAAGUCAACUUUAAGCCUACCGAGGCGGCCCCACAUUCUUUAUCGGUACGUUUUAACGGUCAUCCAGUACCGGGUUCGCCUUUUACUUGUAGCAUUUCGCCAGCUCCCAUAAGUCUUCCAAGAGCCAUAGCCUCAGGAGAGGCUUUAAAGCAGGCUGCCGUCAGAGUUGAUAACUCUAUCGAUUUAGAUGGAUUCGAUGGUAUCGAACCCCAAGUUUUUGUUACUUCACCUACUGGCGAAAAUAUUCCCUGCCAUGUUCAAGGUCAAGGCGAUACUUUCUCUGCUACUUUUCGACCCACGAUUGUGGGUAGACAUUUAAUUAGUGUAACCGCGUCAGAUCAGCAUAUAAAUGGUUCGCCUUUUUCUUGCAAUGUAUUUGAUGUUUCUUGUGUUUCGAUUAGUGGACUAGAUCAACAAUAUGGUCCGGCCGCCUUAGGUGUACCGGUUACUUUCAGCGUAGACGCUGCCGGCGCCGGUGAAGGUACUUUGGAAUUGGUUGUUUCCACUGAUAGUAGUACCGUAAAAGCAGAAGUGGUGGCUUGCGCCCGUGGUCUCUACGAUGUUACUUUUAUACCCCAGACAACGGAACCACAUUAUGUUAAUAUAACUUUUAAUGAGAUGCCCGUAGAUGGUAGUCCUUUCCGUGUGGAUAUUCAACAAACCGCUCAAACUAUUCAGAUUGGCAGUUUGGCUAUGAUCGACUUUCCUUCAGAUGAUCAAGUUGCAGAAAUUAUUGGUCCUGAUCACAAGCCAGUACCAUACACUAUUAAUAGGCAAACAGCAGAAUUUCGCACUCAUAUUACUGGCAAUUAUAUAAUGCGUUUUAUAGACCGCGAAACAAGGCAACAUGUCGGUUCCCGAACGUUAACAGUAUUUGAUCCAUCUUUGGUUAAAAUAACUGAAGUGGGAGAAGCCUUCUGUCAUCGUCCGGCUAUCCUAUCGGUAUCUUUGAAUGAAGCGGGUCAAGGUGAACUUUCAGCUAUGGUAAAAUGUGGUGCUUCGGAGGUUCCUCACAAUAUUAGAGGUCCUUCCAAAAAUGGAAACUAUGAAAUUGUAUAUCAUCCAACGCGUGUAGCUCCUCACAAAAUCACUAUUUUGUUCAACGAUGUUCCUAUAUCCCUGAAACCUUUGGAAAUUAAUGUCUUCCCUCCUGGAGCAGGCAAGGAAAUCAAUGUAAGUGGCUUGGGUCUCUAUCAAGCCAGAGUGGGAAAAACUACUUCGUUUGCCAUCGACACAACUAAGAGGCCGGGUAGAGAAUUCGACGUAGUAGUCUCCGGACCUGGCGGUCAAGCGUUACCUGUAAGAUGUUAUCAAACUAAAAGUGGUCAUUUGCAAGCUGAAUUCACCAUCACAAAGCCGGGACAAUGUAUUAUUGAGGUGCUUCAUCAAUCAAAACCUUUACCGGGCAGUCCGUUUACUUGCGAAGCGUUUGAUACCAGCAAGGUCACAGUGCAAGGUGUUCCAAAGGGUCCGAUGGCAUUGCACAGUCCCAUAUCAUUCAUGGUACGUACGGAGAAUGCCGGUCUUGCUGAAAUGGAAGCUUUUUCUAUUUCACCUACUAAUCAAAAUGUGCCUGUCCAUGUUACUGAGCAAUCGGAAGGCAUUUACAGCGUGGAAUUCGUACCAACGCAACCGGGUACCUAUAAAUUGACCUUAAUGUACGGUGGUGAAACACUGCAGGGAUCUCCCUACAUCUUCACAGCAGCCACAUCUGGUGCGAGAAACGAUAGCCGCGCUGCUGGCAAUGGUUUGGAAGUUUGCCACCGCAACAAAGAAGCCUCCUUCAUAGUUUACUGUCCAGUGCCGCCCAACGUUCAGAUUGAACGCACUGAUGAGUUUGGCGAACGCAUCGAGCCGAAAAUUAAAUCCUUAGGAAACAAUGAAUGGCGUAUUUCUUAUACAAUUCUCACAGUAGGUCGCUAUGAAAUUAGGGCUAGCUGUCCGAGUAGAGGCAAUCUUCCUGGCUCCCCUUGGCACAUAUCGUGUGUAGAGUCUUCUAAAGUAACCCCAGUAGGAGGGUGGGGUACUUUAUUGGAUCACGAAGGACGUUUGAUUUUACCAGCACGCAUAGUUUUUGACGUGGAAAAUGCUGGCCCUGGAGAACUGAGUUGUACCAUAGAUGGCAUCGAAAUACCGGUAGAAACUCUUCCCGAUGGAAAAUUACGUUUAUACAUCAGCGGCGAUAAUUUGAGUGCUGGUGAACAUGAUUUAGACUUAACCUGGAGUAGUUUAACAGUUGUUCAAUGUCCGCGCAGUGCCUUUGUAACCGGGCAGCAAGCUGCUGAUCGGGUUAUGUUAACUGGACGAGGUUUGGCAGCCGCGCAAGCAGGAGAAGCAGCACAUUUUACUAUAGACGCCAGCGAUGCACCUGCAGGUAGACCUGAGGUAAUUUUAGUGCAUCAGGAUAACACAGCGGUGCCAGUUAGCUUAGCCCAACCCCGUCCAAACGAAGCUAUUUGGCUCGCCUCUUAUACACCGCAAAAAUCUUCUUCAGGACCUUUAACUCUAUCUGUAAAAUGGAAUGGACGUUUAAUUAAGGGAUGCCCACUCACUGUGGCAGUCGGCUCGUCAAUGGAUGCUUCAAAGGUCAUUUGCUCGGGCGAAGGUCUAAAACAUGGCAUAGUAGGUAAAGAUAUCAAAUCAUGGAUUGAUACUAGGAGAGCUGGUCCCGGAGAAUUAACAGCACAUUGCGCUGGCCCACGUAAGGUGGCUUAUUGCGAGCUUUACGAUCAUGGAGACGCUACCUUCACACUGAACAUUAAGCCGCAAGAGCCCGGACGUCAUCUGCUGACUAUAAAAUAUGGUGGUCAGAAUGUACCAGGUUCACCCUUUCCUCUUAAGGUGGCUGGAGCGCCAGACGCUAGCAAGGUAAGAGUGUACGGUCCAGGUAUUGAACAUGGUGUUCUAGCUACUUUCCAAUCACGAUUUAUAUGUGACACUCGAGGUGCUGGAGCUGGCCAGUUAACUGUAAGAGUUCGUGGCCCAAAAGGAGCGUUUAGGGUUGAAAUGCAACGUGAGUCUCAAAAGGAUCGUACUAUUUUGUGCAAGUACGAUCCGACCGAACCCGGUGACUAUCGUGUCGAAGUGAAGUGGGCUGGCGAAUUUGUACCAGGCUCACCUUUUCCCGUUAUGAUUUUUGAUACCGAAGAGGAGCUACGAAGAUUUUUGCAGGGCAUAUGAGGCCAAAGCAUUAGUACCAUAUUAUUGCCCAGUCCUGCUCUCAGCCCCGUAUUAGCCCACCAUCAACAACAAUUGCAACCAGAAGCAAUUAUGCCCCUUUUUAUGCAUCAUCAACAAUCGCAGUUAAGUCUUUCAUCACCCCUAUACGGUGUUCUGAGAAACAAUAGCUUACACAGUUGCCAGGCGCCUAGCCAACAAUACAUAAGCAAUACUGAGUUGUCGGGCAACCAAAGUUUGCGUGCUUGUUUAAGCCGGCGUUGUCGCAGAGAUUCCACAUGUUCGGUACUCUAAGUUAACAAAUAUGUUUAGCAUUUUUAUAUACAAAAUUUUUAACUAACAAUUAAUUGAUAAUGAAAUCGUCCAGAUAUGAAUGAAAAAAACCACAUAUGCUGACAUAUAUGAUAGUUUAAUUUAUAACUAUAAAUAACUUUAACAUAUUCAAUUAAUUUAUAACUUUUCGUGCUUUAAAAUAAUCUGAAAACUAUUAAAACUAUUUUCAAUCGA